CUGUCAUUUCCGAACAGCACAGUGCUAGAGUAAAUUCAGUGUGAAAAAGGAAGGAGUUGCAGUGUGUUAGGUUUCUUCCUUCGGAGCCUGCAUUAUCACAGGAGAAGGAUUUCGGAGGAUUUUUAAAACACAGUUUGAAAUGGAACACUCGAAGAAUGAGCUUUAUAAGGCCAACUGAUAUCUGACUGCUAAAAAUACUUGAAGAUUUUUUCAAAAUGAGCAUUGUUAUGAAGCCAAGAUCCCGAUCUACCAGCUCCUUAAGGACUGCCGAUGCAAUGUGUUUCGAUGUAGACAAUGGCACAUCAUCGGGACGAAGUCCCUUGGAUCCCAUGACAAGCCCAGGAUCAGGGCUAAUUCUUCAGGCAAACUUUGUCCAUAGUCAACGUAGGGAGUCUUUCCUUUACCGAUCAGACAGUGACUAUGACCUUUCUCCAAAGUCCAUGUCCAGGAACUCCUCCAUUGCCAGUGACAUACAUGGAGAUGACUUGAUUGUGACACCAUUUGCUCAGGUGCUGGCCAGCCUGCGUACUGUACGGAAUAACUUUGCUGCAUUAACCAAUUUACAGGAUCGGGCACCCAGCAAACGGUCACCAAUGUGUAACCAACCAUCUAUUAACAAAGCAACUAUAACAGACAGAAAGGGGCCACAGCAGCCUGCAUUACCCUUGCUGAAUGACCGUGGCAUGGAGCUAGCCCUCUUCGGCUUGUGUGAUUCUGGCAAAAAGCUCGCUCCUGUGCCUAUGCCAAAAAACGAUGGGUUUUUGACUAUCCAGACUGGGAAUAAUUACAUGGUGCGGCCCAGAGGGCUGGGCUUUUACCCUGCUGAUGCCUGUGGCUCUGCUAAACAACAGCAGAGUUGCAGUGACCUGAUCUUAUCUGCGGAGCGCCUUUUUCACAGCUUUGGUGGGGGCAGCAUCGAAAGUGAUGAGAUCCAUUUUGACUUGCACCUUAACGAAUGCCAGAGGGCUUCAAGGAGCCUGUCUGCAAACUCAGACAGCUAG